AUGGUUUCUUCUUUACCAAUUCAUAUCAGUGGUGCUGUCCUCCCAUGCAAGAAAACUAGGGGUUCUCGGCACCUUCCAGCAGUGAGAGCCCAAUGCUUUAGAGAUGAAGGGAGAUCGAGCAGUAUUGUGGAUGCAAAUUUACGCGUUUUGAGAGAUAGAAUAGAAGAAGUUAGGAUCAAGGAGAGACUGGAGAGGUGCUGUGUGGCUGAGCAAGGAUGGAACUAUGCACCUACGUACACUUACAGACGCAAAAGAGAUGAAGAAUCUGUUCAGUUUCUUCAACUUAUAGGAAUGGUUGGAGGAACAUUUGGACUCACAAUUUUCAGUGGAACUUUUUGCCUCUACAUUAUUUCCCUUUUGGUUCAUAUGAGUUUAUGA